UACACUCCUGUGCAGUAAGGGGCGCUAUGGCACUUCGUUGGUUCUAAAUAAGAAGAGCAAGCCGCGAAUAAAAUUCCAUGUUCUGAGAGAUGGCGCGGCUCUUGAAAAAUAAGCUUAUAUGAGGGAUUUUACCAUUGUUUACAUUAUUUUUCACGUUAACAGUGUCAAACAUGCCACUGUCAACUCAGUCUCAGCAAGACCAUGAGGAGUAUGUUCUUGUUGCGACUCUGGACAAUGUCAGAAAUCUCUCCAACAUCCUCAAAGCCAUAUCAUUUAAAGACCAUGCCAUUUUUAAUGCUACACAGAAUGGAUUGAAAGUGACAGUCGAGGACUCCAAGUGCCUGCAAGCCAAUGCCUUUAUCCAGGCGGACAUAUUUCAGGAGUUUGUCAUCAAAGAAGAUUCUGUUGGGUUUCAAGUCAAUCUUACAGUUCUCCUCGACUGCCUCACUAUCUUUGGAGGAAGCACAAUUCCAGGUGUCUCGACCGCCCUGCGCAUGUGCUACAGCGGCUACGGGUUCCCCCUCACCCUCUUCCUGGAGGAAGGUGGCGUGGUGACGGUGUGCAAGAUCAACACCCAGGAGCCAGAGGAGCCCAUAGACUUUGACUUCUGCAGCACCAACGUCACCAACAAGGUCAUCUUGCAGUCCGACAGUCUGAAAGAGGCCUUCUCCGAACUGGACAUGACCAGUGAGAUUCUGCAGAUCACCAUGUCUCCCUCUCAGCCGUUCUUCAGAUUGUCUACAUUUGGCAACUCUGGAAAUGCACAUUAUGAUUACCCCAAGGACUCUGAUAUGAUGGAACUUUUCCAGUGCACCAAGACACAAACCAACAGAUAUAAGAUGGCUUUACUCAAACCCUCUACAAAGGCUCUGGCCCUGUCCUGUAAGGUGUCAGUGCGGACUGAUUCACGAGGCUUCCUGUCGCUGCAAUACCUCGUUCGCAACGAUGAUGGACAGAUCUGUUUUGUAGAGUACUACUGCUCACCAGACGAAGAAGUUAAUGAUGAAUGAAGGAUAUCAUAAAGGUCCCUUGACAUAUUAUGUGGAUAAUAUAUGCUGCAUAACAUAACAUUGUUAUUAACAACUGUUGUCAUCGCUUUGUACAUACGCAUUUAAAUUUGUAAUGAGAUUUUUUUUCGAUGUCAAUAACAUUGUGUAUUAGAAUAUUUGGUUUGUUAAUAGUAGUUAUGGCUUUUGUAUAAAAAAAUAAAACAAAAUAAUUACAUUAAAAUGUAAUCCACUCAUUUUA